UUUCUCUAUUUUAUUUGUCAAAAAUUGAAUAGUACCCACCAAAAUUAACUGCAGAGACUUACAAACAGCAAGUAUUUUUCUAAAUAAAUAGAUCAGCGCUGGAAAUGAACUUGAAACUCUGAAACGACCCACACCGUUUACAAAGAAGAUGUAUCCAAUAUCAAAAUUUGAUCUCAUCCCUUUAUCCCUCUGCCUUAUCUUCUUCUUCCUAGUGUUGCUGAAGCUCUUCAAACCCAAAAACAACACCAAAAACUUGCCUCCAUCGCCGCCCAAACUCCCCAUCAUCGGCAACCUCCACCAAUUAGGAUCACUCCCACACCAAUCUCUGGCAGCUCUUUCUGAUAAACAUGGGCCUCUCAUGCUCCUCAAGCUCGGCCAGGUCCCAACUCUGGUGGUUUCCUCUGCAGAAAUGGCUAGAGAAGUGAUGAAGACCCAUGACCUCAAUUUCUCCAGCAGGCCCCUAUCCACGGCCGCCAACAUCUUGCUCUACCAAUCCCAUGAUGUGGCUUUUGCCCCAUAUGGUGACUACUGGAGACAAGCCAGAAAAAUCUGCGCUCUUGAACUCUUCAGUGUUAAAAGAGUGGAGUCGUUUCAGUACGUGAGAGAUGAGGAAGUUGCUGUGCUCGUGGAUAGGAUCCGUAGAGGCUGUGAUGGUGAGGGAUCUGUGAAUCUUUGUGAGCUGUUUUUGUCGACCUCGAACAAUAUUGUGUCGAGAUGUAUGAUGGGAGACAAAUUUGAGGAUGAGAAUGGGAAGAGCAGAUUUGGAGACAUAUCGAGAAGGGCUAUGGUGAUAAUCACGGCGUUUUGUUUUGCGGAUUUCUUGCCUGCUCUUUGGUGGAUCGAUGUGGUUAGAGGGUUCGAUGGGGAGCUGAAAAAAUGCUUCACAACUUUGGAUGCGUUUUUGAGUAAGGUGGUUGAAGAACACAUGGCCAAGAUGAGAGCCGGUGGUGAAUCUGAUGAAUCUAAGAAGGAUUUUAUGGAUAUCAUGUUGCAGCUGAUGCAGGGUGAAAAAGUGGACUAUCAUUUCUCUCUCGAUCAUCUCAAAGCAAUCGUAAUGGAUAUGUUUGUGGGUGGAAGUGACACGACUGCAACGGGUUUAGAAUGGACGAUGACAGAGCUGAUGAGAAACCGAGCAGCCAUGGACAAAGUACAAGAAGAAGUGAGAAGAGUAGUUGGGAAGAAGGCAAGGAUUGAAGUGGAAGAUAUUGAGAAAAUGGAGUACAUGAAAUGUGUGAUAAAAGAAUCUCUAAGAUUACACCCACCACUCCCUCUACUGAUUCCUCGAGAAACAAUGGGAGAUGUGGAGAUUGAAGGCUACCACAUUCCAUCGAAAGCUAGAGUCUUUGUGAAUGUUUGGGCAAUUCAAAGGGAUCCCAAGAUCUGGGAAAGGCCGAACGAGUUCAUUCCAGAGAGAUUCAUGGAGAAGAACUCAGGUGGUCAGAAAGGGCGAGAUGAGUAUGGGCGAGAUGAGUAUGAGUUCAUUUCAUUUGGGGGUGGGAGAAGAAAGUGCCCUGGAAUGUCAUUUGGGCUUGCUUCUUUUGAAUGUGCAUUGGCAAAUCUUCUCCAUUGGUUCGAUUGGAAGCUCCCUAAUGGCUCUGAAUUGGACGUUGAAGAAGAAAAUGGGCUCACUGUUCGCAAGAAAAUCCCUCUCCAUCUCAACCCCAUACCAUAUACCUUAUCAAAUUAAUUAAAUUGUCAUGUGCGUGGGGGCACCUUAAUAUAAUUAUGGUCUAAGUUAUAUAAAUAUAUUUUGGUUUUUUAGGGUGCUGUCAUUUUGAGUAGGGUGAAUGAUGGGUCAGUCUUUUAACUUUAAAUUUAUACGAGCAUUAAUGUCUUCUAAUUAAA